CGCUUUAACAUCUGGCAACAGCAAGAUUUGGUGAAAUUCACUAACAGUUUUUUUUGGCAGGCAAAAGAAAGGAAAAAUUAGGUGAAAAUAAAUAAUAACAAUAUCAGAUUGCGACAUACUGUUCUAAAUCUACGUAAGUUUCAUGUUAACUGGUGAUGACUAGUUAGAAAGGCGGGCUUUUGGAUACCUGUCUUAACGAGACUGUGAGCACGCGCUGAAAGUAAAGUAAAACAACAAAAAAGAAACAAAAAGGGGAAAAUCGCAAAACAAAAAAAACGCAAAAAUUUGAUUGUAUUAUAUUAAGCAAACAAUGCCUAAACGCGGCGGUGGCGGUGGUCAGCGUUACAAUAACAACAAUGGAGGUGGCAUGGGUGGAGGUGGCGGUGGUGGCGGAAGCGGUGGUAACAGCGGCGGCGGCGGUUCACGUUACUCGGCAUUGAAAGAUUUUGAUGAUGCUGACGAUCAUCAGCGUCGCAAGGAUCGCAAUAAAAGACGUGUCAGCUUUAAACCUUUCCCACACAAAAAAGAUGUCAAAUUGCGCGUAGAAGAUGCCCGCCGUCUCUGGGAUGAAGAUGAUGAUAUGACUGAAUCAACAUCAAUGGCCAAGGAUCGACCCAGUUCACGAAGACGUGGUUCACCCAUACCGAGAGGAAAAUUUGCAAAACUAAUGCAAAAUUCAUAUGGAUGGUAUCAAGUAACGAUACAUAAUGGACAAAUCUAUGACAAGGAGACAUUAAUACGUGCCUUAUUGGCGGCCAUGUCACCGCAUGUCUUUAUACCGCAAUAUUGGCGUGUAGAACGGCAUUCAGUUAUCUUUUAUACGGACGAUUUUGAGUUGGCCGAACGUAUACAACAAUUGGGUAGACAUGCCCAGCUUCCGGACGGUUUCCGUUUAAUGCCACGUGUACGUAGUGGCAUACCAUUGGUGGCCAUUGAUGAUGAGUUCAAGCUGAAGAUGAAAACGGCAAUGGCGAAACGUUAUAACGUACAGACCAAGGCAUUGGAUCUAUCACGCUUUCAUUGUGAUCCCGAUAUUAAACCAAUAUUUUGUCCACUCUUUCGUGCCAAUGUGAUGAGCGCAGCAUUGGAUAUAAUCAGUGAGAAUAUACCCGAUAUAGUGGCAAUCAAUUUGAAUGAAAACAAUAUGACAACCAUGGAGGCGUUCAAGUCGGUGGAGAAACGUUUACCUAAUCUCAGGAUACUCUAUUUGGGUGAUAAUAAGCUUCCUUCGUUGGCCCAUCUAUUGGUGUUUCGUAAUUUGCCGAUUGUCGAAUUGGUAUUACGUAAUAAUCCUUGCCGUUCACGUUAUAAGGAUCUUCAGCAUUUUGUCAGCGAAGUACGACGAAAGUUUCCCAAACUGCAGAAAUUGGAUGGAGAAGCCCUGGAACCGCAAGUGAAUUUUGAUUUGAAUGAAACAGCCACCUUACCAACAACGAAAGCCUCUUUUCUAUGCGAUAAUGCCGGCGCUGAGCUGGUACGCCAAUUUUUGGAUCAAUACUUUAACAUAUUCGAUUCGGAGAGUCGUCAGUUAUUAUUGGAUGCAUAUCAUGAGCAUGCCUUAUUAUCAAUAACAAUGCCAUCGGCCAAUCAAGCAGGCGGCAGAUUGAAUAGCUUUUGGAAAUUUAAUCGUAAUCUGAGACGUGUUGUCAAUUCGGAACGUGAUGAUCUGCGUACAAAACUAUUGAAAAGUGGUCGUCUGGCAUGUGUUUCCACAUUGGAUGAAUGGCCGCGUACUGUACACGAGAGACGUACAUUCACGGUCGAUCUGACAUUAUAUAAUCCUCAAAUGAUGGUGUUCACGGUGACGGGUCUCUUCAAAGAGCUGACCAAUGAUAACGAUGGUCCAAGCUCAACCUCCUCCAUGCAACCGUAUGAACUGCGGCAUUUUGUGCGCACAUUUGUUGUGGUGCCACAGAAUACGGGAUUCUGCAUUCGCAACGAAACCAUUUUCAUAACGAAUGCCUCGCAGGAUCAGUUACGUGAAUAUAAACGUUCAUUGCAUCAACCAGCUCCUGGUGGCUCUAACGCAGCAGGAGGGCCAUUAGCCACGGGAUUGACAGUUGUGGGCGGUGGACCAGCCACCACGGACAAUUCGUUGAGGAAUCGCCUCAAUCCAGGUGGGAAUGAGGUAGUUGCUGCUGCUGCCAUUCUACCGCCAAGUGCAGGAGUUGGACCAAAUGCAGCAACUGGCAGUGCUGGGUCACCGCCAACUGAUGAUGCAACCAAAAUGCAAAUGGUUCAGGCCAUGAGUGCACAGAGUCAAAUGAAUUUGGACUGGAGUCGCAAAUGUCUGGAAGAGACCAAUUGGGACUUUAAUCAUGCCGCCUUUGUGUUCGAGAAACUGUUCAAAGAGAAUAAAAUACCGCCAGAGGCCUUUGUAAAAUAAGUCCAGCCAUUAUCAACAGUUAAUACAAUAUAUCCUUAAAUGAA